GCUUUCCUCUCUGAAGAAGUGAAAAACUUGUUUCGUUCGUCGUUGUCUUCGUCUUCGUCGUCUAAACCCCCUCAACUCUGCUGUCGGAGUCAAAAUAUCACUUGAAGAUGGCUAAUAAUCAUAACAGUAGGCACACAAUCAUCUUAUUGCAAAAUUCUCCCAACAGAGCUACCAGGACUUUCAUGGACUAUGACUCUGUAGGCCAAGCUAUGGAUGGUAUUUGCGGCUUAUAUGAAAGGAAGCUGAAGGAGAUUAACCCGUCUCUCAGAAAUCUUAGCUAUGACAUUGCUGACCUCUACAAUUUUAUUGACGGUCUUGCUGACUUGAGCGCGUUGGUCUAUGAACACUCGCUGAGUGCGUAUCUGCCGUAUGACAGGCAAUGGAUUAAGCAGAAGGCGUUUAACCAUCUCAAGAGACUUGCCAAUGGAGGCAGAUGAAGAAGAAACAUGUGAAGAACAUAUAAAGCUUAUUAAGAGAGACCCAUUCAAAAGCACCAUCUCUCGUUAUUAUAUAUUUGGCAAUGUAAUGUAACAAUAAUUAGAUGCAUAUAAAGAGUAAUGGUGUUGUGGUCUUUUGGAUUUGUUAAACAUGAAGUAUCUUUCUUGUCCAAAUUCGAAGUUCAUUCCUAAUCCUAAUUACUAUCCAAA